AUCUCUGUCCCUCUCUCCCCUUCAGCUCACCCCAUACAUUUGGUUUUCUCCCCUCUCUCUGAAGCGGAGCGUUUUUUUUUUCUCCAGCUCGCGAGUUCUUGCACGGCUGCAGCUCCCGCCGAAGUCUAACUGCACCUGGGGACACACAGAGCUGCUGUCAUGGCGAUGAAAGACAUUCUGAAGGCUGAGGACAUCAAGAAGGCGAUGGAUGCGUGUAAAGUGGCAGACACUUUUGACCAUAAGAAGUUCUUUGAGAUGGUGGGUCUGAAGACUAGGUCUACCGAUGACCUGAAGAAGGCCUUUCUAGCUCUGGAUGUGGACAACAGCGGCUUCAUAGAGGAGGAGGAGCUUAAGUUUUUCCUGAAAGGGUUCGCCACAGACGGUCGAGACCUGACCGACAAAGAAACGAAAGCAUUCCUACGUGCAGCGGACAAGGACGGAGACGGAAAAAUCGGCAUGGAAGAAUUUGCAGCUAUGGUGCGCGAGUAGCAAACACACCCCAGACUGUGUAGCGCUCCACCCCCGCCACCCCCCCCCCCCCCCCCCCCCCCCCCCCCCCCCCCCAACUCACUCUUCCUCAGUUGUCCCUAACCAAACCACCUAUCAUGUCACUCUCACUUAGGCCCCGCCCCCUGCACCACGACACACUGGACUACAGAACAGUGGACAGAACUGGGGUCCUGAUAUUUUCAUCCCAUUUUUAAACACUUUUUAAAAAAAAUACAAACACAUUAUGAAUCUCUUUAUUUAUCUGUGUCACACUGUUUGUCUGCAGGCUAAAAAAUAUUGUAGGUAUGUAAAGAAAAAGAAGAUAUUCUCAUUUUCUUUUCUUUUUUCAUUUUAUUGUAUUCCACGUCACCUCCUCCCUCCCCACACCCCCCUCCUGGUGUGCUGAGCUGAUGUACAAAUACUAAUUGCCGAAAGGACAAAUCCAAGCUGUAUAGAGAAGAAAUAAGACAAUAAAAAUAAAAAUAAAAACACCUAGACUAA